GUCAAGUCAAAACAUUCAAUUCAAAUGAAAUUUGACUCGAAAUAAAAUUUUAUGAAAUAAAUAGACUAUAGCUUAUGUUUAAAAUGUCACACAAAAAAGGAGAUCUUAAAAUUUAUUGGAACAAAAUAAACUAUGCAUAUCCUAUCUUAAACGACACUACAUUCAGCGACUGCACAAGUACCGAAUAUGAAGAAAUUCAACAAAUUAUUGUCGGAUUAGGGAUUCAAAUAAGGAUACGAGACCUUAUAUUGGUUCACACCGAGAAAUAUCUUCGUCAGCAUGUGGCCCCAUCCUUCUGGUCCAAGUUUAUCAAAGCAGAUGAAGAGGUUAAAGGUUUCCAGUUGUUCAAGUUGGCAGUCAAUGAUUUGUACGAGUCGGUGUCGACGUUUCAAAAUAUGUUGCGUCGUCUUACAGUGCUCAAUAGUAGCUGUUGUGACAACAAACCAAUUUUUGGUGAGAAAGAUGUGGCAAUGGGUUUCAAGCAGCUCGUCAGAGCAACACUAUUGUCUCAGUUACCAUUAGACUACAAAGUAAUCAUCAAUCACUUUUACAAAGUGUCUUUCAAUGUUUUUGCUAAUGAAUAUGAAAAUUCUGACAUGGGAGAAGAUGUUAUCUGUUCUGGAUGUUGGAAUGAGUAUUCAGAUUGCAAGUGUGCAUAUAUUGUCAGAGUGUUUCAUGAUACCAACAGAAAGUUGAUGGAUCUACAGCUUCUGGAGAGGCUAACAGGGCAGGUUUUGACUAAUUUUAUCCAAUCAAGGAUAGAGUCUCAUAUUCAGAAGUUGUGUGACGGUACUUUUGAUGUAUCUCAUAUUGGCUUUUUAGAAAAUUGGCUAGAUACCACAGUGAUGUCAUGGCUGACUCGAAUAUAUUGUGCUGGCUCAUCUAAACCACCACCUGAAGAUAAAAAUAUACAAAAUGCAAUUUCUAAAUUUAAGCAGAAAUUAAGAUAUUAUUUAUAUCAUAGUUAUACUAAGUUGAGAAUUGCUCAACUUUUUAAUAUAAUUUUUGUCUAUCCUGAAUCAAAACCUGCUAUAGAAGAUAUUAAGUUGUGUUUGGGAAAGACAGACCUGAGGGCAACAUUAUGCAAAAAUCUGCAAGCUGAUCUAGAAACAAAGUUGUUGCAUCAUGGAGUAAACACAACUGAUAUAUUGACAGCUUAUGUUUCUACAAUAAGAGCUUUAAGACAUUUAGAUCCAUCUGGAGUUAUUUUGGAAACAGUGACAAAACCUGUGAGAAAUUAUUUGAGGAAUAGAGAGGACACUGUGCGUAGUGUUGUAAGCAGUCUUACUGAAGACGGUGCAGGUAGUGAACUAGCUGAGGAACUCGCCAAGUUUGCAACGGAAAGUGAAGGAGAAAUUGAUAAAGAUGAAGCUUGGGAUGAAUGGAAUCCAGAUCCAGUGGAUGCUGAUCCAAAGGUAAAUUCCAAUGACAGGAAGGCAAAUGACAUUAUAUCUAUGCUUGUUAAUGUGUAUGGCAGCAAGGAGUUGUUUGUAAAUGAAUACCGUACAUUGCUAGCAGAUAGAUUGUUGGCACAGGGGGUCAUCAACACAGAAAAAGAAAUAAGAUACUUGGAAUUGUUAAAAUUAAGAUUUGGUGAAUCUCAAUUACAUUUCUGUGAAGUGAUGUUAAAAGAUAUAUCAGAUUCAAAGAGGAUUAAUGCCCUCAUUCAACAAGAUAAAGACUAUGAAGCUUCAAAUAAAAAGUUUGCAUCCAAUGCUAUGAUUUUAUCAGCACAGUUUUGGCCACCAUUCAAAGAUGAAACUCUGGAGCUGCCAGAAGAAAUAAAAAGUCACUUCAAAUCUUAUACGAAAGCUUAUGAAGCAUUGAAAGGCAACAGAACUCUAGAUUGGAAACCACAUCUUGGAAAUGUCAAUAUUGAAAUAGAAAUUGGUAAUAAAAAUUUGGAUUUGACAGUCUCACCAUUUAAUGCUACCUUAAUCAUGCACUUUGAAACAAAACCUGAGUGGUCACUUGAAGAGCUACAUCAGGUAAUGAAAGUUCCUGUCACUAUACUCAGAAGGAAGAUCACAUAUUGGCAGUCCAUGGGGCUUGUUUCCGAGAAAAGUACUGAUGUCUAUGUUCUAAUAGAUGGCUCUGAUGCAAAUAAGGCAAGUGUAGCUACAAAUCAGGUUCAAGAAAUGAUAUGUGAAGAUGAUGAAGCAGAGAGUGUGAUGGCAUCAGCUCAUGACCAGAGAGAAAGAGAUCUACAAGUAUUUUGGUCAUAUAUUUUUGCCAUGUUGACAAAUUUAAAUUCACUGCCAUUGGACAGAAUACAUCAAAUGCUGAAAAUGUUUGCUCCUGGCACGGAAUGUAGUCUUCAAGAGCUGCGACAAUUUCUGGAUACAAAAGUACGAACACACCAGCUUGUCCUGCAAGGGGGCAUGUAUAUGUUGCCAAAGACUUAACUGUAAUAAAAUAUAAUAAAGAAACCGACCGAUAA